AUGGACGACGUGGACAUGACCCAACUGCUCCAAGCUUUACUGCAACGGCUGACAGCACGGUCGAGAGAAGUAAGCGCCGCCGCCCAAGAGCAUGGUCAUGCAACUCCGUCAUCGGCUGUGGGUGCCCGUCUGCUCGCCGGCGCCGUCGGCAGUGCUGAUGCAGAUCAUGAGGCACAGGCACCACGCGACAACGGUGGCACCCUCCCCGGCGGUGGUCAUCUCCAGCUCUUGGAGCCGUUUGAGCAUGAAGCAACAAGCCUCGAGGAAGUCACGGAGAUGUUGCAGCGUGGAUUGUCAGGUGAGUACUUUGAUCAGAUAAUGGAGUUUGCCAUGAGGCUCCCAGAACACGACGACAUCGGCGACAUCCUGGAGCGGAUUUAUGAUCAGGCUGUGGCCGCUGGAGCGCUGACUCCCCUACCGGAGGAUUCAGAUCAACACCAUGAAGACGACGACAUGCUGGCCGAGGCGGAGCAGAUUUUUUAUCAGGCUUUAGCUGCUGAAGUCCUGAUUCCCCUACCGGAGUGGUUAGAUCUACGCGAUAACGACGGCGUCGACGGCGGCCGUGGCUUUGGAGGAGGCGUCCCGGCUUCUUCUGGGGUGGUCGCCGGACUCGAGAAGCGAAAGUACGAGAGAUCAGACCAGGAUGAGGACAGCCAGUGCCCUAUUUGCUUGAUGGACUACGCGGUAGACGACGACCUGUGCGUGAUGCCCUGCAAGCAUGGGUUCCAUCACGAGUGCCUCGCCGGAUGGCUGGCGCGUAGCUGUUUGUGCCCUCUUUGCCGCCAUGUGUUGAUGCCCUCGGAGGAGCAGGACGUGCGCCAUAUAUAG